GCGACAUUUUGGUCAUUCCCCCGACUUUUCUGUGUUUACAAUGUCGCACCACUCGGCCAGCCAUCUGUUAGUACCAGCAUCGCACCCAGCCUUCUGUUUUACUACCAAAUCAAUUCAAACGUCAAUUUCUCCUCUAUUUUUAGAUAAGUCAUGCAUAGUUAACAUCUGUGCCCCUUUUCCAUGCAGAUAUGUUUCUUUCAUUGGCCGCCACUUGUAUUAUAUGAGUAUGCAAGUGUCAUCGCUCUUAAUAAUGCUGGCUAGGUUUGCAGCCACCCACCUCAAUUUCAGUACUUAGUGGAGUUCGAUUGAUCCAUAGAUCAAGAUAUGCCGUGUGAUCCGUGCUUGUUGCAAGCCAUCUGUUUAUCCCCUGAUUUACUAUUUAUUGGAGUCAACUCCCCUACGGGUUUAACUUUCUAUCGCUUAAUACUAACAUCUACCACAUACGAAACCAAAAAUGUUACCACUUUUAUAUUUUGUCGCUGUCACCAUCGCCGCAUACGUGCCUUCGGAUAACUACUCUACCUUGACUCCAAGUGCUUCUCCUACUGGAACCACUGAUUACACCCAAAGUUUCGGUAUCCAAAUUGAAACUGUGUCUGCUGCCCCCUCGGCUGCUGCCAAAAGAGAAGUUACUCAAAUUGGUGAUGGACAAAUCCAAGCCCCAACUACCACUACCAGUGCUGCUGUGACCAAAGUGAUCAACCAAAUCGGCGAUGGUCAAAUUCAAAACCAGCCAACUGCUUCUGUGAUCAACCAAAUCGGUGAUGGACAAAUCCAAAAUCAGGCAACUACGGCAACUACGGCCACUAAAGUCGUCAACCAAAUUGGUGAUGGCCAAAUCCAAAACCAACCAACUACUUCUGCUUCUGCUUCUGUGAUCAACCAGAUAAACGAUGGUCAAAUUCAAAACCAAGGUACGGCUGCUGCUCAAAUAACCGAUGGUCAAGUUCAAAAUAACUCAACCUCUGAUGACACUUCGGGUGCAAAAUUGGAAACCUGUGCUACUUCUGACUCUUUAUCUAUGAGUUUAAGUGCUUCUAUCUUGACCGAUGCUAAGGGAAGAAUUGGUUCUAUUGUUGCUAACAGACAGUUCCAAUUCGAUGGUCCACCACCUCAAGCUGGUGCUAUUUACGCCGCCGGUUGGUCUAUUAUCGACGGUUACUUGGCCUUGGGUAACAACCAAACGUUCUAUCAAUGUCUUUCCGGUGACUUCUACAAUUUGUAUGAUCAAGACGUUGCUGAUCAAUGUGCUGAAGUCAAGUUGGCCAUUGUGGACUUGAUCUCUUGUUAAAUUUAACAUAUUUAUGAUUUACUUUUGUUAUGAUUGGUUUGCCUUUUAUGUACAUAUAUAGACUUUUCGGGACCUAUUUUAAAAGCCCUUUUUUGGGAGACUUAGUCAUGGUGUAAUAAACACUUGAGUAUAUGGAAUUAUCCACAUAAUAUUGACCAUUGUUCGUUACGUCAUCUUCCUCGUAUGCUUCAUUGUAGAAUAAAGAAAUCGAGCUGAAACUUCGGAAUGGAUCGUCCGUUUCCACCUUACUGUUACUGGUUGAGGUGGUAGUUGAGAUUCCUGAUUCCUGAUGAUCAUGUGUCUCAAACUCCUUCUCAAUCUUUUUAGGGGUUACGGUUCCAGCUUUGUUCAACACUGGUAUCAUAGGUGGUUGGGAAUUUCUCAAAAGUGCCCAACUGACAUUUUUGAAGAAUGCGUGGGUCUUGAUGUCAGUAGCUCCAUUCUUACUUCCAA